UAGAUUAGUGAAAAAACGUGCAAUUUUGUUUUUCAUAAGUUAAACACUUUUUUUUAUAUAAAUCAAAUCAAUUUCGUUUUGCACCUUCUUCUAUCAACAUGAGUUCUGCCGGUCGUGAUCCCAAUUAUUACAUGAAGCGUCAGAAGAAUAACGAAGCGGCCCGACUAAGUAGGAAUAAAAGAAAAGAAAAAGAAAUUCAAGCAGAAAAAGAUAAAAAGAAACUUGAAGCAGCAUAUGUCAAACUGCACAAGGAAUUACUUCAGAUCCAUAAAAAGAAAAUAGAAGCAUUUGUAUCAUCAUGCUCAGACCAGUUAAGACGACAAAGAUAAUAUCAUUGGUUUUAUUCAAAACAUGUAGUCUAGUAAAAUGUGUUUGGUAUGUUUUCUAGUAAAUGCCAAUGUUU